AUGCUUUCGUAUGUUUUUAACUCCUUUAAACAGAAAAUCAAGGCAAUUUCUCGUUCCACGGCGUCCCAGCAGGCGCCAGGCUCCGCCGUCGUUCGACAGCCCCGAAAUCUGGAUCCAGCCCAGCAUCCAUUUGAACGAGCUCGUGAAUACACCCGUGCAUUGAAUGCUGUUAAACUAGAGAGAUUGUUUGCCGCGCCUUUUGUGGGCCAGAUGGGCGAUGGUCAUGUGGAUGGUGUUUAUACAAUGGCCAAAGAUCCGGGAUCGUUACAGCGGUUUGCAAGUGGCAGUGGUGAUGGUGUCGUGAAGGUCUGGGAUUUGACAACUCAAGGUGAAGUGUGGAACACUCAGGCACAUGAAAACAUUGUCAAGGGAUUGUGCUGGACUCCCGAACGGAAAUUGCUCUCGUGCGCAAGCGACAAGACCAUCAAACUGUGGGACCCAUACAACUCCUCACCUGAGGCGCCACCAUUGGGAUCGUAUCUUGGCCAAAGCGCUUUUACUGGGGUCUCGCAUCACCGAAAUCUGCCCUACUUCGCAGCGUCGUCUUCUCAAAUAUCUAUCUACGAUUUGUCGCGGCCGUCCUCGACACCAUCCCAGGUCCUUCAUUGGCCCACUAGCGUGGAUACUAUCACCUCGCUUGCCUUCAAUCAGACAGAAACAUCUAUCAUUGGAUCAACAGCCAUUGAUCGAUCCAUUAUCAUGUAUGAUCUUCGUACUUCAUUGCCUGUUCACAAACUUAUCCUACGUUUGGCAUCGAACGCGAUCUCCUGGAACCCGAUGGAGGCAUUCAACUUUGCGGUGGCCAACGAAGAUCAUAAUGCUUAUAUUUUCGAUAUGAGGAAAAUGGACCGUGCACUGAAUGUGCUGAAGGAUCACGUGGCUGCGGUCAUGGAUGUCGAGUUCAGCCCGACUGGCGAGGAACUUGUGACGGCUUCUUACGAUAAAACGGUCCGCUUGUGGAGCCGAGCUCAUGGGCAUUCUCGCGACAUUUACCAUACCAAGAGAAUGCAACGGUAUGUAUUUCGCAAGCAUCUGUUCUAUUUCGCUUCCAUGCUCAUUUGUUUGUACAGUGUCUUCUCCGCCAAGUUUACGCCCGACAACAAGUACAUCCUUUCGGGGUCAGACGACGGCAACAUUCGACUCUGGCGUGCGAAUGCCUCCGACCGUAGCGGCAUCAAGAGUGCCCGCCAGAGACAGAAAUUAGAAUAUGACCAGGCUCUAAUUACCAGGUACUCGCAUAUGCCUGAAAUCCGAAGGAUCAAGCGCCAGCGUCAUGUGCCAAGAACCGUGAAGAAGGCGGCAGAGAUCAAGAGAGAAGAACUUGCUGCUAUUAAGAGACGUGAGGAGAAUGUUCGCAAGCAUGCUAAGAAGGGUGCACUGCCGCCAAGACGGAGUGAGCGUGAGAAGAUGAUCUUGACACACGAGCAAUAA